GUGGUGACGGUGGAUUGGAUGGGUUAGGAGGACCAGGAGUACAACUGGGAAGCCCUGAUAAGAAAAAACGCAAAGGAAAUACACAGGGAUCAUCCUUUCCUCCUCCAUCUGAGUAUGCUCCACCGCUGAAUCCAAGCUCUGACCACCUUGUAGCUGCAAAUCCAUUUGAUGACAACUAUAAUACUGUCUCUUAUAAACCACUUUCUUCAGGAAAUCCAUAUUUUAGUAAUCCUGGUUAUCCUGGCUUUGGAGGCUAUAACACUUUCAGAAUGCCACCUCACAUGCUGCCCAGAGUGUCCUCACCAUAUGGUGGUUCUUACUCCCUCAGAAACCAACCACAUCCGCUUCCUCAAAACCCUGUGGGAAUGGCUUUUAGUCGACCCCACUCUUUCAGCUUUGGUCCACAUGAUAACCCAGGUUUUGGGAAUCAAACGCCUUAUAGUAGUGGUCAGAUAAAUCAGAAUGUCAGUAUGCCCAAUCAGCAUUUCAGACCAAAUCCUGGUGAGAACUUUAGCCAUUCUGGUCAGAUGCCUCACCCUGACAUGCCGUCUAACUUUGGUCCUGGAAACAAUCCAAAUUUCCCAAAUUCUCAGCUAGAGUCAAACCAUUCUUUUGUUCCUCCACCAAACACAUACAACCAGACAAAAUCAUCGGUACAAAAACAAGACUUUAUUCAAGGUGCAAGCAAAGCAUCCAGCCAGAAUACUGCUGCUCAUCAGCAUCAUCACAGGACAGAGGACAUUGUGAGUCAAGGUAACAGUGACUCAAAAAAUGUUGUUCGAAACAAUGUGGUAAAUCAGGAUAAUAGCCAUUCUAAUAGUGCUGAUAACACUAAUGCUGGUCAUUCAAAUGGGACUCAGAGCAAGUCCCGCCAGCCUCGAGGUACUGCUGAAGGAUGCAACUCUGAAAAGAGCAGCAAAACACCCCUUCAUCCCAGUCGUCAUGGCCACUCAUCCUCAGAACCUGUCUAUCCGUGUGGAAUUUGUACGCAUGAAGUUAACGACGACCAGGAUGCCAUCCUCUGUGAAGCCUCUUGUCAAAAAUGGUUUCAUCGGAUCUGUACAGGCAUGACUGAGUCAGCUUAUGGCCUUCUUACAGCAGAAGCGUCAGCAGUAUGGGGUUGUGAUACUUGCAUGGCUGACAAAGAUGUCCAGCUAAUGCGUACAAGAGAGACUGCAGCACCAUCUGCGUUGAAUACAGAUGGCUAACAAUGGGAAUUGGUGGUACUGGCUGAAACACUUGCUAUGAAGGUUUGGUCACAAAUUGGGUACUUCACUUUCUGCAGACAAUCGGUUGUUUAAUUGCUGUCUUCUUUUUUCCUAGUCUGUUUUCAUUCAUAAAUUUCCUUCCCAGCUUUUGUACUCUUAGUUUUAUGUGUGCAAAUGUUUUACAGGAUGGAAUAUUUUUUCUUUCUGAUUGAACUGUAGAGCCUAACUGACAACUGGUCAGAAGUAUGAUGUGCAUCGACAAUUCUGUUGAAGGCAAGAAUGUGCCUGUAUGAAUAACCCCUAAUUUGCUAGUGUUGAUGUGUUAACUAACACUAGCAUUUAGUGCUCAGUUUUAAUGGUACUGUAUUUGCAAGUACUCGUUACAUUUCAUUUAUUGAGCAGUGAAUGUCCAUUACUGCUAUUCUUGCUGUCCUUUCUUUGAAUAUAGUGAAGAUGACAUGGAGGAAUGUGCAGUACUAGUAGCUUUUAUUUUAGGGUAAACACAGAGAAUUU